GACACGUGUUCUCAGAAUGUCUUGGGGCUUCAUACUUUGCAAAGAACCGGGGAACAAGACGUUUACACUUGUACUGACCAAUGUUUGGAAGAGGAUGAGUUAACCACUGAAAGGCAGCGUGGCAUCAGCAGGUCAUUUUGUCAUGUGGGAACCAUCACUGAUUUAUGUAAUGAUGUGGAUAUCCCAGAGGUGGAGCUACAGAGCUUGAUGCGAGAGGAUACCCCUAGAUAUAACCUUCGGGCUGAUACAAUCACGGAGUUCUCAGGUUACAGGAAUAACGACUGGAUCCAGACCCCUGUUUUGCCCGUGGAUACCGAGAUCAACCUCAGCCCGGGGUUCCUGGCUGAGUUGUUUGUAUACUUUCUUUCAUGUGGGAACCGCCUCAGCCAGAUGACCAAGACAUAUAAUGAUGUAGAAUCGAUGAGAGCGCUUCUUGAAGAGAAAGAGAAAGAUCUUGAGUUGGCAGCUCAAAUUGGUCAGUCGUUGCUUGAACAGAACAAACAGCUUACUCGGAGAAACGAAUGUCUUGAACAAGAGCUGACCAGUGCUAAUGAAACGAUAAAUCAACUGAAGAGGGACUUGGCAACUAAGGUUUCUUUGCUUCAGGUUUACACACAAGAUCUUGAUACAUCUUCUGAAACAACCACACCCACUGAUCAUGCAGGCUUUGACUGGGACUUCUUACACAAGAAAGUUCAAGAACUUGAGGAGAAAAAUCUUGAACUUCGUUCGGAGGUUAAUUUGCAAGAAGCAACUCUUGAACAGGAAGAAAAGAAAGAAAUGCAGAUUUUACACGAAUUUGUCAAAGAAUUAACUGAUGCUAGAAAACAGAUCGCAACACUUCAGGAAGAACAGGAGAAAAAAUCGGAUGAUUUUUUUCGUCAACAAGAGGAGGUGACCGGUCUUUUGUCCCAAGUAGUGGACUUACAGCAUCAAGUUCGUUCGCUGAUUGCUGAUAAUGAAGAUCUGCAGGAGAGCCUAGAAGCCUCGAAGGAGGAUCAGGCUGUACUCUUGAGUGAACGAAAUGAACUGAAGGAUAAAUAUUCAGAACUUUCUACAGCUUUCCAAGAAGUUCAAGAAGAAAACAAGAAAGUUCAUCGUACAAGACUGCCAAGUGCAAAACAGUGGAAUUACAACAUGUACAACCCCUAUGUUAACCCCGAUUCUUUAGCUUCAGAACUGGAAAGUUCUUUUGGUAGAGACAGUGAAGGCUAUGCAUCAGAUGAGUUAUUGUCGCACAGUAAGCGAGUAUUUCAGACUGUGCACUAUGCAGCAAGACAGAAGUCAUCUCGACAGCGUCGAAACACGGGUUACCAUUAUCAGGAGUCUACCCCACAAAGACAACGGACAAGGUCAUCUCUGUCUCUAAGCCAUUUGCCAUCUUCUUCUUCCUGCUUUAAUGAUAGUUUUGUUUCUGAUUGUGAGUCCUUAUAUGCAGAAAGCUGUCACACUGAUGAUGAAGAAAGCCAUUACUCUUUAGGAAGACCAGGAGCUCCAGGGUCAAGUGAUUUUGAAGCAGCUCUAUCCCGAUUAGGGAUUCAGAGAGAUUCGUCAGUCUUCUCUUGUUUAAAUCAAACAACCAAAUCUGAUAUCACCGAGGAUUUAUCAGAAUCAAACCAUAACUGGCUUAGGGACAAGGAGAUGUUACACAGACUUAGUAUCCUUGCUGGUCAAAGUAAUCAUCACUAUCAUAUGCCCGAAAAAUUACAGAUCAUCAAACCUCUAGAAGGAUCACAAACUCUUCACCACUGGCAGAGACUGGCCACCCCUCACCUAGGAGGGAUCUUUGAGACAAGACCAGGGAUACAGAUAAAAGGAGAAGUUCACCUACCUGAACUAGAACCAGAUACUUUCACAUUAAGUGAUUUGGAAGAGGAUGAAGCUUGCUGUCAGUCAGGAAAGAAUUUUGUACAAACUUCAACCACAUAUACUUAUACGAAUUCAACUGUUAUACAUCCACUGAAUCAGAACCAGAUCUUGUCCAGCUUACCAACAACUCAAGAGGUUGCGAGUAAGGUGCUGGGGUCAUUGGAAGUCGAUCCGUUAUCUCAUGUUGAAACUGAGAAUCUUUCAAGCUUGACUAAGAGCAAGACAGCAUCUGAUUUAAAUAAGCUACUACAAGAUCAGAAAAUUUAUGCUAUUCUCCCUUCUCUGGACUCACCCAUACCUAGAGAAGUGGCACAACCAGGGAUUUCUAAUUCAUCUGGGACACCAGGUCUUCUGAGACCCGUAUUUUUUCCUACCUUUAUGAUGUACAAUACAGGAAAGUACCACUUAAGCACCAACUGGAAUUUCACUCGAAGAACCGCCUCUUCUACUACAGUAAUACACACAACUGAGACAACAACAACACCAGUUAUUAAAAGCACAAUAUUUCCUGUGUUAUCUCCUGUAGACCUGAUGGAGCAGGUAAACCUUGUAAGAAGCACAACAAAGCUAAAUUGUUCGGCAACCAGUACCAGCGGCAUGCCAAGAUUCCAUAUACCACGGUUUCCUGCUCAGCAUGGUUUAUCCAAUGUUUCUGAUGACUCGCCUUUAACUCUGACGAACGGGCAGAAACCUGUUGAUAACUUUCCUACACGCGUUCCUUCAAACCUGGAUAAUGAAGAUCAAACAAAAGAAGUUAACCACAAUCAGCGGGAUAAGAAGGAAGCUGUACCCUUUUUUCAACCUUGGGCUGAACUCUCUACUCCAGUUUCUGGAAAUACUUAUCCUUUUUAUGCGAAUCGUAACUUGCAGAUUCAUGAUCUGGGUUUUAGAUUUUCUCAACUGGUGCCUCACAAUAUGCUCUGUGCAUUGAGAAAAGGUGGUUACUCAGCUGGUAAACAAGCAGUAAGACCAACCAGCAUAAAUAACAAGUGUUAAAAAACAUACAGCCAAAACUAUCGAAAUAGAAAUAUGGUAAAAACACGUAUGAAAACAAACGUAUUAUAGAAAAGUUAUAUAAGCAGUCACGCCAUAAAAACUUAAAAACAGAAAUAUUGUAGAUUAAAUUAAAACAGGCAUAUGGUAAAAUAUUAAGUCAAGCAUGUGGUAAGAACUAUUAAAAUAGGCACAUCGCAAAACUAUUAAAAUAGGCAUAUGGUAAGAACUUUUAAAACAGGCAUAUGGUAAGAACUUUUAAAACAGGCAUAUGGUAAGAACUUUUAAAAUAGGCAUAUGGUAAGAACUAUUAAAAUAGGCAUAUGGUAAGAACUAUAAAAAAAGGCAUAUGGUAAGAACUUUUAAAACAGGCAUAUGGUAAGAACUAUUAAAAUAGGCAUAUGGUAAGAACUAUUAAAAUAGGCAUAUGGUAAGAA